AACAGCCACUGUACAGUACAUGGGCGUAGCCGGACGUCUGUCAAACUCAAUCUUUAGUUCAUAUCCUCAGAUCUCUCGUCUUGCUUGUGAAACAAUUCUUGCAUUUUCCCGCAUUCGCGAAAGCUUUCUUGCACUUACUCCACCUUCUAACAUGUCAUUGUUCUGUGAUAAGGGAUGGAUUCGCGAGAUUUGACAAAAUGAGAACGGUCGACGCCAGCUUGACAAGGAUGGAGUCGGGGACUUGGCGCGUAAGCGGCGUUACCGAUUUAAAUAGGGCCCGUGACGAUUGGCGGACGAUAUAAUUAUUUCCUACUUCAAACCACCAUCUCCAACAUCUCAACCUCCUUUGCACAAACGUUCCACAUAGCAAACAAAAUGCAGGUUCAAAAUUUUGAUUCAGCCAGGACCUCAGAUAUUGUUGAUGCACUGCAGAGAGACCUCGCGUCUAUUGGUGAUGAUGACCAGAUGCCUGACUUUGAAACCGCCUACUCCCAACUCGGAGCCACUUCCAACCCCUCUACCAACUUAAACGAGGUCGAAGUUCGGACCAUCAGAGCCGUUAUCCUCGAACGGCGCCAGCAGUUGGAUGAAGUUCAACUCAAGGCCUCAAACCUUGGCCUAUUCGACGAGAGUGAUCAUGUCAGGCAACUUCGCCGGCGACUCUUAGAACAGGAAGACAAGAUUAUCGAGUCCCAAAAAACGCACAGAAGACUUAUAUCGGCUCUUUGGCGGUUGCCAACCGAAAUCUUAUCACUCAUUUUCGUUUUCUGCCUACCGGAUGACAAGUACAUGUUGUCCCACCCAGAGAAGGCCCCCGUGUUGCUGACAAGAGUAUGUCGACGAUGGAGAGAGGUUGCUGUGGACAUGCCCAAUUUGUGGUGCAAACUCUCUGUGGGCGAGAACAUUCAGCAGCCAGGCUUCUGUUGUAAUACUUGGCUCGAGCGAACACGAGGACAUCCGCUCUCAGUGGCACUCUGGUGUGAUCGCAACAACCACUGGAUAGAGUCACGAAAAACCCUCCAACCAUAUGUCCUUCAAGUCACUUCGCUUGCUCUUGUCUCUCAAUCCGGUGUCAGCCUGCCUGUGAUAACAGAUUUCAUCGCACUCGAAGAAUUGAUCAUAUCCCCGGACCCCACUCAUCCUAUAGAGGAUAUUGCUCACUCGAUGUCGCAAUCACCGUCCACUCUGCGCAGUCUCAACAUACCACGACUGUUAUUCGAACUCAGGUUCUUUUCUGCCUUCAAACCCGCAUUAUGGACCCAUCUCACAAGUGUCGAGAUCACGGUAGAUAAACCACGUACAUUCCGCCGCCUGCUCCGUCUAUGCCCCAAUUUGUCCUCCUUAUCGGUUGGUAUAUACCCGCACACACCGCGGGUCUGUGAACCACUCACACAUACCAAACUCCAAACGUUACGUAUCGUUACCGGGGAGUGGCAUAAUCGUGAACUAUUCAACUUGGUCUCAUUCCCCGGCCUACGCUUGCUCGAAGUUCGCGAUGUAAAAUUAUGGCCUCACAAGGAUUUCACGGCAUUUUUGACACGGUCAAACUGUUCUUUGGAGCGCCUAAUUCUCGGCCCUGGAGUGACAACAACGGAGGAACAGCGAGCGGAAUACGUUGCCGUUAUUCCUUCCCUUGAAGUUGUAGUGGACCAUCGGCAUCCAACUCAUUACUAAAAACCAUUCAGAUUAGGAGCGAAUGGAAUACGUUGCCCUUAUCCCUAUUCUCAAAGUUGUAGUGGAUCAUUGCCAUCCAACUUAUUACUACAACUUACCCUAAUUCAACCAGACAGUUGUUACAUAUUUCGCGAAAUGAUGAUAUCAGAUUUAUACUGUACUCUUACUGAUUGUUUCAUACCACUUACAGUUGCCGAUGUACCAUAUUUCUCUUACAUAUACCAUGCCAUAGCACAAUGCACAUUUCCCUCAUGUAUAUGUCCAACGCGG